CGCGUCGUUUGGUGCCGCAGCAUCUAGUCUGUUCAACUCGCGGUUGGAAGAGAUCGGAGCAGCAGCGUUCUUUUGCUCGUCGCAUCUUAUUUACUUGCCCCGCCCCCCGCUGUUUAGCUGAGGUCUGAUAUUGUCUAACACUGAUAUGGGACUGAUCUAUCAAUGCGCGCAGCGGGGGCCACAGUAUGCCCCAGUGUUGGCCAUGACUCUGUGUACCGGAGGAGCUGAACUACUGAGCAUUUUGCACAGCCUUUAUGGCCAGGUCCUUGGGAUUGUGGAAUAUAUCGACUCACUGCAUGUUCCCGGCGGCAUUAAGGUGCCUGUGCUGCAAGAGGGAGACCCGGAGAAGUUCAAGUCAUUUGUUGCGGAACUGAUGCUGUGCAUUCCAAGAGGAACAAAGUCGCUUCCGUCCCCUGUCUCCUUUCUUCAGCUAUCAACUCAGAGAGAAGUAGUGGCGCGAGUAAUUCAGCGGAUUUGUGAAAAGAAAAGAAAAAAUGUUCUUGCUUUUGGUUAUGGCUUAGUUGAUGAAAAUAGCUCUCUGAAUAUUCGAUUGACUCCAAAUAUUUGCAGUUAUUUUCCUAAUUCCACAACAACAACAAUCAGCACAAGUAUUCUUUGGGAAACUCUGCUUACUAGAGUAGGUGAUGAUGUUAUGAUGUAUUGGCUGGAACAAUGCUCAGUUUUUGUAUUUGUGCCACCUAGUUGUUGUUAUCAAAUCAGUGGGCAGCCAAUCUACACUUUACCCUAUGAUAGUAUGUGUUCAUUUCGAUCUCAGUCAUUUAUGCAUAGCAAUGUUUUGUUGCAGUACAUUAAAAGAAAUGCCUUUUUCUUGCGGAAAAAAUAUCUGAAGCCAAAAAAAUGGUGGAAAACGGUGUUAAACAGCAAAGUAGAAAAACAUUCAAAGACUUCUCAAAUGCUAACAUGGCAAAAUAAAAAGUCCACAUCAGCAUUGCCUAUUUGUAGUGAGUCAUCUAUGAAAGUUACCACAAAAAUACAUUCCAAAAGGAAGAUGUGUACUACAGAUAUUUGUGACAUUCCAACUAAGAAACGCAGAGUCAACUUGGACAAAGAUGAUAAAAUGGACCACGUUUCCUUUACGUCUGCAUGUCUUUCUUCCUUCUCAAAUGUGUGCCCUGAAGCUAAAGUACAAGCAACGGAAUUUAUUACCUCAAGAUAUGGAAAAAAAACAAAAAUUCAAUGUCCAAAAUCGACUUCAUACUCAGUUGAUGGUGAAUUUAAUGUAACUCUUCAAAAUAAUGCUAAUACGUUUAUUACCAAUGCUUCUGUCCCUACAAUACAAAGCAAAACUUCAUUUUCAAAUAUUUUUAUUGAAAUUGGAAGAACAUUGUAUUCAAGUAUUAGUUUCAAGAAGGGCUUCUCUGAAAGUUUUAUACUUAACAGUUUAGACUGUACCCCUUCUGGGAGCCAAAAAUUAGUGGAAACCAUAUUUCUAAACAACUUUUUAACUGAGCAAAAUUUUGACCAGCCAAAACGGGAUGAAAACUUUAGAUCUAAACUUCCCAAACGUUAUUGGAGAAUGAGAAAAUAUUUCCAAGAAUUAAUACAGAACCAUAAGAAUUUCCCUUAUCUGGUAUAUUUGAAUAAACACUGCCCUGUUAGGCCUUCAAUGGCUUGUUCACACAAACUGGCGUUGCAGAAAAAGAAUAAAUGUAAAAUGGAUAAAUCAAUUUGUGACUUAAGUAAUACCUCAGUUAUGAAAAACAAAAUUGUAAAUGAUGAAAAGCCGCUAAAACAUGUUCCAGCCGAAGCAACUUUUUUACCUCUUCUUAAACAACACAGCAGCAGUUGGCAAGUGUACAUGUUUGUUAGAGAAUGUUUAAAUAGUUUAGUGCCUGAUUUCAUAUGGGGCUCCAGUCACAACAAGUGCCGUUUCCUUAGAAAUGUAAAAUCUUUUCUUUUUUUUUCUGGCAAAUUUGGCAAGGUCUCUUUAUUAGAGCUUAUGUGGAAGAUGAAAGUAGAAGACUGCUCUUGGAUUCGUCUACGAAAAAGUGAUCACUUUGUUCCUGCUUCAGAACACUUGCUACGAGAGAGAAUCCUUGCCAAAUUUAUCUUUUGGCUAAUGGACACCUAUGUCAUACAGUUGCUGAAAUCAUUUUUUUUUGUCACGGAAACCAUGUUUCAGAAGAAUAGACUUUUGUUCUACAGAAAAAGAAUUUGGAAGAAACUUCAAAAUUUAGGUCUAAGAAAACAUCUAGAGAAGGUGAAAUUGCGUCCAUUGUCCUGCGAUGAACUAGAAAAGAUGCAACAAUGGAAAAACAUUCCACUGGUUUCCAGGCUCAGAUUCAUACCAAAAACAAAUGGACUACGUCCAAUAUCUAGAGUAUCCAGUACUUUGGGUAGCCAACAAAGCAAAGAAAACCAAGAGAAGAAGAUUCAACAUUUUACCUCUCGGGUUCGAAACCUUUUUAGUGUUCUUAACUAUGAAUGGAAUAGAAAUUGCAGCCUAAUUGGCUCAUCUGUUUUUGGCAUGGAUGAUAUAUACAAACAGUGGAAAAAAUUUGUGCUAGAUUUUGAAAAAUCGAGAGCUGAAAAAGGCAAAUUUUACUUUGUGAAGACAGAUGUUAAGGGAGCAUAUGAUACCAUUCCACAUUCAAAGCUCGAUGAAGUGAUCUUAAAAGUAAUUAAUCCAAAUGCAAAUGAAGUAUAUUGCAUACGACGUUAUGCCUCAGUUUCAGUGGAUUCAACUGGACGCAUUAUAAAAUCUUUCAAAAGACAUGUAUCUGCAUUAGCAGAUGUUCUUCCAAAUAUGAAACAGUUUGUUUCAAAGCAACAAGAAAAGAACUUGACACGUAACACAAUUCUAGUGGAACAGAGCCUUUUAUUGAAUGAGAGCUCUGUCAAACUUCUUGCUGUUUUUCAACAAAUGAUCAGAUCCCAUAUUUUAAGAAUAGAAGAUCGAUAUUACAUGCAGUGCUGUGGAAUACCACAGGGUUCAAUGUUAUCUACAAUCCUAUGCAGUUUAUGCUAUGGAGACAUGGAAAAUAAACUGUUUGGAGGAAUACAGCAAAAUGGGGUACUAAUGCGAUUGAUUGAUGAUUUUUUGUUUGUAACACCUCAUCUUAACCAAGCAAAAACAUUUUUAAGGACUCUGGCAGAAGGAAUUCCCCAAUAUGGGUGCUCCAUCAGCCCUCAAAAAACAGUGGUAAACUUUCCUGUUGAUGACAUCCCAGCAUGCUCUGAAGUGGAACAAUUACCUGUUCACUGCUUGUUCCGGUGGUGUGGUCUUUUGCUGGACACUCAGACUUUGGAUGUUUACUAUGAUUAUUCAAGUUAUGCCUGUACCUCAAUCCGAUCAAGUAUGACAUUUUGUCACAGUUCUGCAGCAGGAAAAAACAUGAAACAAAAACUUCUAAGAGUCCUUAAAUUGAAGUGCCACAGUCUCUUUCUUGAUUUACAGGUAAAUAGUUUAAGGACAGUUUUCAUCAAUACUUAUAAGAUAUUCUUACUUCAAGCUUACAGAUUCCAUGCUUGUGUUGUUCAGCUUCCAUUUGGCCAGCGUGUAAUGAAUAAUCCACCUUUUUUUCUUACUGUGAUUUCUGAUAUGGCACCUUGCUUUUACACUACUUUUAAGUCCAAAAACAAAGAUGUCACACGUGGGUACAAGGAUGUGAGCUGCCAGUUUAACUUUGAAGCAGUCCAGUGGCUCAGUUAUCAAGCUUUUCUUACUAAGCUUCGCAAUCACAAAAUAUUAUACAAAUGUCUUAUUGGGCCACUGCAUAACUGUAAAAUGCAGUUAUCUAGAAGACUAUCGCAGUAUACUAUUGAUCUUCUAAAAGCUGUCACAGAUUCUUCUCUUCACAAAGACUUUUCAUGUAUAAUGGAUUAGUUUUUCUCUUACAACUCUAUUAAAUAGCAGUGACACAUGCUGUAUUGGUAGACUGAUAGCAUUUCACAUAUCUCAUAUUGCAGUUUGACUGUAUUGUGUGUUCAUUUUAAUACCAUGCAAUAAAACUAUUAUACAUCAGA